AUGCGGUCAUUAGAACGGGUCGAGAACAAAUUGGAAAGCGUUCUCUCGGUCGCUUCCUUGGCUACGACACCAUCACACCGUCAUACAAAUAGUCGUUCAAGGGUUCUGUGGCCCGGUAGAACUUGUGGCUUUGAAGGUUCUUGUCCAGAUGUUCUUUAUCAACUCGUGCGACAAGGCACGAGCGUGAUGCUGGAUCAAUCGGAGUCGAUCAUUGACUUUACGUAUCAAGGUAAUCUCUCAACUUGUGAGUUGUAUGACUCUUUCGUUAGCCAGCUCACAAGAAGCGAAGGUUCUUGUCAGAUCUUCUCAUUCCUGAACACUAAAUGCGUCGACCUUAUUUUGGGUGACCACAGCUUCAGCACUGCAUCCAAAGAGUUGUUGAAGCAAGUUGGCAAGCCGCGCUUCACGAUGUCGCUGCCACCGACGGCUGUUCCGAGCAAUUUAAGACAUGCUUGCCUUGAAAGUUUUAUCUCAGAGUCAACUAGCGCAUGUGGCAUGUUCCAGUUGGGCGAAAUUAUUGCAAUCUUCCACGAGUAUGAUCACAAACGUAUCUCACCUUCACCAAAGAAGGGAUUGCCUCUUCGGAACGCUGCCUGCACACCGCGCUAA